AUGUGGUCCUCGUGCCGACAUCUAUGGGUGGUUGUGCUAUAUCUUGUGCACUUCACAGCAUGUCUUUCAGCUCAAUCCACCUACUGGCUUGCGAACAAGCCCAAUGUUGGAAAAGUGGCAUUUCAAGACCCAAGCUAUCCGGUGUUUCGCAACGUCAAAGACUAUGGCGCCACGGGUGGAGGCGUACAAGAUGACUCUGAUGCUAUCAAUCGCGCUAUUGCGGCCCCUGGCAACCGAUGCGGCGGUGGAAAUUCGACCUAUGGGUCAUUUUGUCAAUCUUCUACAGUGACGCCAGCCCUGGUCUAUUUCCCGCCGGGAACAUACCUCGUAUCCAAGCCACUGGUUAUGUACUACUUUACACAGAUGGUAGGAGAUGCCGUCAACCCGCCCACGAUCAAGGUGCAGUCCAAUUUCACCAACAUCGUUGGGCUUGCCGUCCUCGACGCCAAUAUAUACAUUCCAAGUGGGAGUGGCUCCGAAUGGUACGCCAACCAGAACAAUUUCUACCGGCAAGUCCGCAAUUUCAUCAUCGAUAUGACUACCGCGCCCCUCAAGACUGCCGGCAUACACUGGCAAGUGGCUCAAGCGACCAGUUUGCAAAACGUUGUGAUCAACAUGGUGGCCAAAGAUGUGGUAAACAACCAACAACAAGGAAUCUAUAUGGAGAACGGCUCAGGAGGGUUCUUCUCUGACAUGGUCAUCACGGGUGGCGCUGUCGGUAUGUAUCUAGGUAACCAGCAAUUUACCACGCGCAAAAUCCAUCUGGACGGCUGUCUCACCGCCAUCAAAAUGAAUUUCGACUGGCUCUGGACCUUCACACAAAUUACGAUUACAAACUCCGACGUUGGUAUCGACAUGACCAACGGCGGCUUUUCCAAUCAAGCCAUUGGAUCACUGGUACUGUUGGACAGCACCAUUUCAGCUACACAGGGCAUUUUAACACCAUAUGCCCCAGGAUAUAGCUCUCCCCAGGCAGCUGGGACCCUGAUAUUGGAGAACGUGGAUUUCACCGGCAGCCAGGCAGCCAUUUCGGCCGCUGGCGGCACACAGGCACGAACUGUUCUGGCCGGCGGGCAAUUUAUUCCGUUGUUCGCUCAGGGCAAUGCUUGGACAACCGCUGGUCAGGCACUAAACGGCCAGAGCUUCAAUGGAACCACAUGUACCUAUGCAAAUUCCAGUCAAACCGCCUACUCGGCCCAGGAGACGACCAUCCAGCGACAACUUGCACCUAUUCCCCGGCCGUCCAGUUUGGUGGACAGCAAUGGCCAGUACAUUUAUCGCGUGAAACCGCAAUAUGAGACGCUCCAGUGGAGUUCGUUCUUGAGUGCUAAAGCGCAUGGGCUUCUGGGGGAUGGUGUUACAGACGAUACGGUUGCCAUGCAGGCCUUAUUCAACCUCGCAGCCAACACUGGCCAGAUAGUCUACUUUGACAAAGGUGCCUAUAUUGUCUCAAGCACGGUGACAGUACCCCCAAACGUGAAAAUCACGGGGGAGCUACUCAGCAUCAUCAUGGCCACCGGGUCCUUCUUCAACAGCGAGAUGAACCCGAAACCUAUGUGGAAAAUUGGCAAUCCGGGUGACGUUGGAACCGUGGAAAUCUCAGAUCUUAUCUUCGAAACCAAGGGACCCUGUCCUGGUGCCAUCAUGAUUGAAUGGAAUAUCAAGGCAGCAGGCCCAGCGCUUGCCGGCAUUUGGGACGCUCAUUGGCGCAUAGGCGGGUCUGCUGGAACACAGCUUCAGCAGGACACUUGCAUCAAAACGCCAGCCACGCCGAUAGCGUCGGGAAAUGCCAAAUUGACAAACUGCAUUGGAGCUUUCUUGCUGUUGCACGUUACUCCACAAGCUGAUGGAUACUUUGAAAAUACCUGGGGCUGGGUGGCAGAUCAUGAAUUGGACAUGGGCACAAGGGAUCAGGUCUACAUCUUUAACAAAGGGGGCUUCUUGAUCGAAAGCAACAACGGCCCAGUGUGGAUGUAUGGCACUGCUGCCGAGCACUCGGUCAUGUAUGACUACCAGUUUGUCAACGCCAGGAACGUCUUCAUGGGCCACAUUCAGCACGAAACAGCAUACUUCCAGGGCAACCCGAACGCUUUGCUUCCGUUCACUCCACAAGACUCGUGGCACGACCCUACAUACUCCGACUGUGUUCAACCCAAUUGUGCUCGGACGUGGGGGCUCCGAUUCGUCAACAGUUCUUCCAUCUUCAUGUACGGGGGUGGCUUGUACAAUUUCUUCGAGAACUGGAACACCCAGGCAUGUCUGGGCACGGAGAGUUGCCAGGAGAGAAUGGUGGACAUUCGGAACUCGACCGAUAUCUAUUUGUGGGCACUCAGUACCAAGGGCUCGCAGUUCAUGAUCAGUUAUGAAGGCACAGAUGUGGUGCCCUAUUCGGUCAACAAGGCGAACUUUUGCGAGACAAUUGCGUUGUUUGAACUGGCUGCUGAUCAGUGA